UCCUCCCCUCUCCUUCUCAAUUUUCUUUUCCCUAACAAUUUUUCUCCAUGAAGCUUCAUUUUCCCAGGAACCAAACAACCCAAAGAACCCCAAAAAUAGUCCUUCUCAUAUCCUUCACCUUAGUUCUCCUCUCCAUCAUUUCCCUAAAUUGCCCUUAUCCAAAAAACAUUUCUUUGCCAUCCAAAUCUUCUUCUUCCUCCUUCAGCAACAACAUUUCUCCGUCGGACGAUCAAAACGAUGACCAGAAAUCUGUGCCUGAUCAAAUCAAAGACUUUUUCAAUUCUCGUAAAUCCUGCGAUAUAUUUUCCGGCGAAUGGGUGCCGAACCCUGAAGCGCCGUAUUACACAAACACAACGUGCUGGGCGAUUCAUGAACACCAGAACUGCAUGAAAUAUGGGCGGCCGGAUAGUGAGUUCUUGAAAUGGAAAUGGAAGCCAUAUGGCUGUGAUCUUCCUGUUUUCAAUCCUGCUCAGUUCCUGGAAAUCAUGAGAGGAAAAUCUCUUGCCUUUGUUGGAGACUCCGUCGCCAGAAAUCAAAUGCAGUCUUUGAUUUGCCUCAUUUCCAGGAUUGUAUAUCCUGAAGAUGUUUCCUACACAUCAAAUGAAAAUUUCAAACGUUGGCUGUACAAAUCCCACAACUUCACACUGGCCAUGUUUUGGACACCCCAUUUGGUGAGGUCCAAGCAAGCAGACCACAAUGGUCCAACUAACACAGGCCUCUUCAACCUCUACCUUGACGAAUUCGAUGAAGAAUGGACAACCCAGAUUGACGAUUUCGACUAUGUCAUCCUCUCCUCCGGCCACUGGUUCUUCCGCCCAAUGGUUUUCUAUGAAGACGGCCAAGUAGUCGGCUGCAAAUACUGCCUCCUGGAAAAUGUCACAGACAUGCCAAUGUAUUACGGAUACAAAAAGGCCUUCAGGACGGCCUUUAAGGUCAUCAACAGCCUGAAAAAUUACAAUGGCAUCACUUAUCUCAGGACUUUUGCCCCAUCACAUUUUGAAAAUGGACUGUGGAAUGAAGGGGGAAAUUGUGUGAGAACAAGGCCAUUUAGGAGCAGUGAGACUAGAUUGGAGGAUGUGAACUUGGAGCUCUAUAUGAUUCAAUUGGAGGAGUUGAAGAUUGCUGAGGGAGAAGGGAGAAAAACUAGGAAAAAAUUUAGGUUACUUGACACGACACAGGCUACAUUAUUGAGACCUGAUGGUCAUCCUAGUAGAUAUGGCCACUGGCCUCAUGAAAAUGUGACAUUGUACAAUGACUGUGUGCACUGGUGCCUGCCCGGACCGAUCGAUACGUGGAAUGAUUUUUUUCUGGAGAUGUUGAAGAUGGAGGGGAUUGAAUCAUACCAGGAGAAGCUCUACCCUGUUGCCAAUGACAGAAAAAUGAAGUUCAGAUAGGUUCAAUUUAUUUCCCUUUUUGUUUUUCAGCUCUGUGUUCUUGUGCUUUAGAGUUGUGUAUUUGUGUCUAAAAUUUGAUCUAAAAAGUACUUAAUUAUAUGAAAUACAGUGGAAGAAUAUAGUGUAUAUACAUUCAACAGAGAUUAUCCAUUGCCAGGGCUCAAGUUGAAAAU